CGUAAAACACAAAAACAGAGCAACAAAGCCAGACACUCACUCCGUUAUCCUUGCUUGCAGCAUGGGCGCCGCCCUGCUGCUGCCGCUGCUACUGCCGCUGCUGCGGGCCUCGCUGCUGGGCUCGGAGCUGCUGCUGGCGGCCACACACACCAAGGUGCUGUGCUGCGUGGGCUCGCCCUACCCCGAGGUCUACCUCAGCGCCCAGCGCUACCGCUACUUCGUGUGGGACCUGGUCAGCGUGCAGGCCGCCUUCUGGGCGACGGACCCUGGCGGGCUGCAGCGGCUGCUGGCGAGGAGCCGCAGCGCCAGCAGCGCUAGUGGUGCGGUUGCGGCCAGCGGCGACCCCCACACCAGCAGCCGCACCCGCUCUGGCACCAAGCCAGCAGGCAAUGGGAGCUGCAGUGCGACCGCCGCGCGCGCCCCCGCAAGGAGCAAGGAGCGGGAAUCACUGGCGGCAGCAGCACCCGCCACAGGCGACAUGCUCUGCUGCGGGUGCGCUGACGCCUCCUGCCACGACAAUCUAAGCAAUGGUACCCCUGGCUGGAACAAGAGCGGCAGCGGACACAGUACGAAUGUCACAGCUGUGGCUGCUUCAGGCCUGUGUACCGCCGAUCCCGUGGCCUGGCAUCUGCACGUGCACCAGCAGCCCCCUCGUGGCAGUAACGCCUGGCGCAGCUCAGCAGCAGUGCCGUCGCUGCUGCAGCAGUUGUGGGCGCGGCUGCGACAGCUGCGCCUCCGGGGGCUGGCGGCGGCGGCGGCGGCGGGGCACGCGGUGCUGCACGUGUUCUACAUUGCGGCCUGGAACCAGCCGCACGCGCGCCGGGUUGUGUCCAUGUCGGCGGUUGUCAGCCCGCGCGAGCGCCUGCACCGCUUCCCGCUGGGCCAGGUGGCCUGGUACUGCGCCGGCACCGCAUUCGACAUCGGCACACACCUGCUGCUGGCGGCCGCACUGGGGCGGGCGCUGCUGCUGCCGCAGCCCGUGAUGGAACAUGGCAAGGGGCAGGAAAGCGUAGUCCCGAUGUGUGUGGUUCCCACCCGUGCCCACAUAAAUGCGUAGCAAGAAGGGACAAGGCAUUGGUGCGUCGUUCGCGCGCUGUUACUGUACCGACGGUAGCUGGCAGGAUGUGUCGAUGUUUUGCUGACGCGCAUUCCUCACGCUCCGGGCGCCCGGCCAAGGCGAUAGCACCACACAGACUCAAUGCGACGCCACACCGCGCGGAUAGCAUAGCCGAUGCGCACCUGCAGGCAGUCGACCGGCGUCCACGGAUGAGCUGUGUAGACGAGCACUAGCGUAAUGCAACGGCGUGCAGCAAAACAAUGGCCGGGCGACAGUGUGACAAGCAGGGGCAAGAACAAGGCGAAGCAAAGCAGAAGAGGGGCCCGAAUGUGUACGACAAUUGUGGCGGGCAGGCCGAAUGCGGUGCAACACGCCAACAACACAACCGGAGGUGAGGAAGCGUUGCUGAUGGUGAGGAUAGGUGCUGCGACGUUCGGUAGGGGAGCUGUGGCCGCGCACUAGAUGGGAGGAAGUUUCCGAGGUGUUGUUUCCGAGGCAUUGUUUGUGGCUGAUGUUUGUGGCUGAUUAAGAAAGAAGCAGAGUU